AUGCAGCUCAUGGAGAAAGGAGAUGUGGAAAAUCAAACAGAUGUGACAGAAUUCAUCCUCCUGGGGCUUGGGGAUCUCCCUGAACUGCAGAUCCCUCUCUUUCUGGUUUUCCUAGUGAUCUAUAUUGUGACCAUGGCAGGGAACUUCCUCAUCAUUGCUCUAGUUGUGACUGAUCAGCACCUUCACACCCCCAUGUACUUCUUCCUGGGGAACUUGUCCUGCCUGGAGACCUGCUACACUUCUGCCUUCCUGCCCAGGAUGCUGGCCAGUCUCCUGACUGGGGACAGAACCAUUUCUGUGGGGGGCUGCAAGACACAGUUUUUUUUCUUUUGUUUUCUAGCAACUACAGAGUGUUAUCUCCUGGCAGUGAUGUCUUAUGAUCGAUAUUUAGCCAUAUGCAAACCACUGCACUAUGGAACCUGUAUGAAUGGCAAGUUGUGCCUCCAGCUAGCAGCUGGGUGUUGGAUAAGUGGAUUUCUACCUUGUACAAUAGUGAUGUGUUUUAUGUCACAAUUAAUUUUCUGUGGCCCCAAUGUAAUGGACCAUUUCUUUUGUGAUCUCACCCCAAUGCUAAAGCUCUCCUGCAGUGACACCAGCCAGAUUAUGCUGGUUCUUUACAUAUUUUCCUUCCCAGAUGCAGUUUCCCCAUUUCUAUUAACCUUGACAUCCUAUGUUUGUAUCGUUAGCACCAUCCUGAGAAUCCCUUCCACCACCGGGAGGCAAAAGGCCUUUUCCACUUGCUUCUCUCACCUCAUCGUGGUAACACUUUUCUAUGGGACCAUAAUGAUUGUCUACACGCUACCGAAAUCCAGCAACCUGAGAGCCCUGAACAAAGUGUUCUCUGUCUGCUACACAGUCCUGACUCCCCUGGCCAAUCCCCUCAUCUACAGCCUGAGAAACAGAGAGGUCAAGGAGGCCCUGAGAAAAGCUGUCAGGAAAUGUCUGGCCCUCACAAAGAAGUCAGACUAGUUGAAUGAAAUGGGGAUCAAUCAAUCUGGUUUCUAUUGUGAAAGAAGGAGGGUCUUAGUGGGCCCUGAUACAGAAAUGCAGUAUACAAGAGAUGUGUGUGCUUGUGCACACACACACACACACAUAUAUAUAUAAAUUUAAGAGUGAUACAGAUGGUUGGAAUUUUGCAGGGGGAGGAGGGGAGAGAAGAUUUUGACUUUUCAUCAAAAUAACUGAAAUCUGAAAAAUGAAAAAAAAAAUUGCUUUUUGGCAACUGACAUCUGAAAACCUUCAGAUGGAAACUGUAAAAAAUAAAAAUAAAAAAAAAGUCAUGCACUGUUGUGGUUGUGUUGGUCCCAGAAUA